AUGGAGGAACAUGAGAAAGGUCCUUCAGCGCCCCACACCAAAAUAGAGGCGCCAUUGCCUGUCACUGCUGAAAAUGAGUCCUCACACCCGCAUGAUGAUGUUAUGGACGGUUGGAGAGGGUGGAUAGUUGUGGGAGCCGCAGCUUGCUCUCUGUUUGUCUAUCUCGGCAUCAUUUACUCCUGGGGGGUUCUGCAAGUUCAGCUACUCGAAUCAGCCUCCUCUUCCUUGACGACAUUGACGUUCAUCGGCUCUCUGUCCACAUCCUUUAUGGUGUCAAGUAGUAUCCCGGUAGGACUCAUGAUCCGAAGGUGGGGAUAUCAACGAACUGCUCUAGUUGGAGCAGUUCUUAUGGGUCUAGGGGAAUUCCUCGCGAGCUGGGUAACCGAGUACGUCGGUGCAUUGUUUGUGACACACGGCAUCAUCUUUGGCGUGGGUGGAGGCCUGACGAUUCUGACUUGUUCGACUGCCCCAAUGCAAUGGUUCGAGAAGCACCGCGGGCUAGCCGUGGGAAUUGUCUUCGGGGGUGGAAGUCUAGGCUCUGCCAUCAUGAGUAUUGCAACCAACAUGAUGGUGAAGCAACUGCCACUGGAAUGGAUAUUCCGUGUUCUGGCGUUUCUGCUGUGGGGUGUUUGUACUCCAGCUGCAUGCCUUAUCCGACAGCCAUCUCAUGCGAAGAACUCAGUCCCCCGCCCGCAAUGGUAUCGUUUCCGUGAGAAGGAGUUCCUUAUCUUAUUUGUCGGCACAGGGCUGGCUUGUUUUCCCCUUUUUGUUCCCCCUUACUUUAUCCCUAUCUUCGCGCGAUCGGUUACGCAUUCUCAGCAUAUAGCAGUCAUCAUGCUGGCCAUUUGGAAUGUCGCCUCCACCGUGGGACGGGUAGUGGCCGGCUUCUUGUCAGAUUCGGUUUUGGGUCCGAUCAACAGUCUUAUCCUCUCGCUUGCAUUAGCCGGGAUCAGUGCUCUCGCCAUCUGGCCUUUCUCUAGUACAACGGGCGUGCUAUCCGUCUUCAUUGUACUAAAUGGAUUCGGGUGUGGAGCAUUUUUCAGUCUGGUUCCCAGCACUAUAGGCGCGAUGUUUGGUGGAAAGAACACGCUUGGGAUACUACCGAUCAUCUGGGCAGGAUGGUUCGUGGGCUUCUUUUUCGGGUCGCCAAUUGCAUCUGGGAUUUAUUCACUUUCCGGAAAAGCGGACAACAUCGAGUCAUAUCGGCCAGCAGCAUACUAUGCAGGUGCUAUGUCCAUAGUUGGUCUUUUAUUCGCAAUCGUUCUGCGCGCAAUGUACUCAACACACCUGCUUGUUAGAAUAUGA